AUGGCCAUUUUGAGUAGGAGUGUAAAAACACGGUCUUUGCUACAGACAAAUUCACCACUUGCAAUAACCAUUUGCCGUUACCCACAAGCAAAACGCCUCGGCUUCUCCGAAAAAGGAAAGCGUUCGGUCCGGGUGAGCAACACCCGCCACUGCCCCAGUGGCCCCACAGGGCAGGAGGAAGAGUCUCGUGCCCCCUCCUCAGCCCGCCCUCGGCUCCGCGCGCAGCCCCUCCCGUCUCCGCCUCGUCAGGGAGGGGAGGGCGGGAACACGAAGCUCCCUCAGAGCGGCCCGGGCCCCUCACCUGGCGGGCAGCGUCAUAAGGGCUUUUUAUUUAUUUUUGUGUUUCAAAUGUCUCAGCAGACUCAGAAAGCUACUGCAAAUGGCAAAGAGAUGCUGUCCAACCCCAGGCUCAUACCUGUUCAGGGGACUUUGAAUGUCGUGAUGAACCAGAACGUGACCCUCUCCUGCCACUCAGACUCUGGAUCUCCACCCGUCAGAUACACGUUGUUUAAAUACAGUCAGAAGGUAUCUGCUUCACGUAGGCCAGACUUGACUCCCAGUUUGUUUAACUUGACUAUCAACUCUGCCAGCGACUUGGGUGAAUACAAAUGCAAAGCUGAGAAUAACAUCUCCAGAGGUGAAAAAUACAGCAAGAGUCUCAACUUCACCCUUAUAGAGCCAAUUUCCAAACCAGUGCUGAGCUCACCCACCUCUCAAGCAAAGAAAGGCCAGAAUGUGACCCUGUCUUGUCUCUCGGAGAAUGGCUCUCUUCCUAUCACAUAUGUAUUCUUCAAAGGAAAAGAAAGCAUCUCUCCUCCAGUGAAGAUGCAGAAGAAGGAAGCAGCUGUGAUUUUUCUGUUCAUCAAUUCCUCUAGUGACUUUGGCACCUAUAAAUGCAGAGCUAAAAGCAGCUUUUGCAAUAGUACAAAAUACAGUAACGGUUUCAACUUUACAUUAGCAGAAGAGAGGAGUCAUUCUCGACCCCUAAUAAUUUCUCUUGGGCUGAUCCUACUACUAUUCAUAAUAGGAUCUGCUCUGGUGAUUCCAUUUGUCAUAAUUCCUUCAUAUAAAUCAAAAAAAUUGAAGUCUGCUAGAUCCCCAGCUGGCCUUACUUCAACAAUGAGUGUGGACGAGUCUGAAAACGACGUCAUAUAUGCAGAGAUUGAGCCUUUUAAACCAGAAGAAGAAUACAUCAACUUUUCUGUUUUUAGAAGAGACGACGUAAAAGAGAAGAGGGCAUGUGCUACAGACUAUUCAAAGGUCCUCAUCAGAGCUCCAGUACAAGGCAAAAUCCCCAAGUCACAGUCUCUUAAGGACUUGAACUUAAAAGAAAAAGCAGAACAGACAGCCACCCCAUUAGACAAACAGCAGUUUACUGUCCAAACAGCAGCAUAA